AGAGCGGUUAACCUAAAACGUGACACUCUCGUGUCUUCGAUAAAAUGUCAAACAUGAAUGGAAUAUCGGCGGUGCACGUUAAAAAAUUAAGUCACAAUCUCGAAGAAAUACGAUCGAGAGCUUUAGAUAAUAUUAUUUCAAAAUACAAUCUUGGAUUUGGUUGUGAUUGCGAUGCCUUGAAAAAAGAAUUGAUAACGAAACUAUUCAACUGGUUUUCGUUUGAAUCCUUGUCACAGACGCAAACGGUUUUAGAUUUAUUGCUUCGUCUGUUACAGACGGGCGAUAGAAGUUACUUAAAUGCAUUUGGUAAAUUGAGAUUUCAAAAUGAACUUCAUGAAUUAAGGAGGAAGCUGGGUUCAGAAUGGUAUGAAAAAUUAAAUGAAAUUGAAGAAGCUGUUAUUAAUGAUGACAGAUUACAAAUGACAGUGGCAGAUAUUGAGAGUUCAAAGAAUCCAAGCACAUUAAGAAUGGGAUUUAUUGAUUAUGAUAAACAUAGAACACGAAUAAAAGACCAUGAAUUAGAUGGCUUUAAAACGCAUAGAUUGGAGGAUCGUAAUAUGUCAAGUAGUGUGCUAACUCUUCCUUCGGCUUUAGACAGUUCCAUACCGUUUGAUUUAACAUUGGAAUGUGGAGAUGGGACCCCAAUAUCCAAGGCUACCGAAGGUGGUAUCAAAUGGUUGGUAAUGCCAUGGCAGGCGCUAGUCACUUCUGACAAAGGUGUUUUAGCAGCGGUCGAAGAAGCCCUGAACAACAAUUUAGACACAAAUCUCAUAUUGCAUACGUGUCAGUUUAUAACGAACGUAAUGAUGCAAGAUUUCCCAGCGGAAGUUUUCCUCCAAAGACCAGCGAUAGUCUCGAUACUGCUCAAUCUUUUGGAUGCAAGUGCAAAUACCUCGGAUAUUAAUCUUAGAAACAUCGUACCGAUGGUUUUAAAAACACUUCACAAACUAACACGAUCCUUGAGACUAAGGAUUUAUUACUAUUGCGAACCAUGUAUCGCAAAUAAGAAACAAAAAUUAUUAGCGGGGAAAUUAAACAGCAAUGCUUAUUCAUCUUCUGAGACCCGGGAUAGCCCUGAUGGAGGAUUCUUAGAAGCUAAUUAUCAAGCAUAUCAAUCUACCGGUACAAGCGAGAGGAGCCAAAGCGCAACAGAUAACAUCGACGAUUCAAUUUUACAAUUGCAACAGAUGCUCGUACCAACCUUUUGCGUCGAGUCUUUGAGACAUGUUAUAUCUCAGCUAAGCAUUCCCGUGAACUCGACAUUUCCAUUAAGAAACAUAAAGUAUAUUACCGACUUGGCGUACGAACUGGUGCAAUUACUUAUUACAAGCGUUAUGCCAAACAUUUGGCUUUGCAAUGACAACAUGGCCUUAAAAGUGACCGAAGAUAUGAAAACGUUAUUCGGCAUCUUAGGAGAUGUUGUACAAUAUUUUGAAAGUUACAGCACGAUGGAUCAUUUUAGGAUAACGUAUCUGCAUCUUAUAACUAUUACAAUGAAACUUUUGAGUAACAUUGUCCCUUUAGAAAUAGCAGACGUUGUAUUUCCUAUGUCGCUUAAGACAUCUAUAUGUAUAGCUAUAAUGGAUGCCCCUAUUUAUUUCUUAUAUCCAAACUUGCACUCUGUGUUGCAAGAAUAUGGCCGUCAAUUUCAAGGCAAUGACGAAAUUGGAUACAUAAAAAUGUUCGACGAAACGAGAACGAUAGCAAAAUCAAUGAAAGCGGCUAUAUUAGUGAUAAAGGAUUCACCAAGCUUGUCUCAUUCGGACAUGUUGAAAACGUUAUACACGUCGAAAUUAAGUUUAUCUUAUCAUAAAAAUUUUUACAUUAUUAAGAAGACCAUCAGAUUUCUACAAAACAUAAAUAGAUACUCCCCGAAUAACGAAGAUCGUACAUUAGCCACAAAACUAGUGUUGAGCUUAUUGGCAAAUGGAGAUACCGACGUGCAAUAUGCGAUGUAUCUGGAAUGCUUUACGCUAGUUAAAAACAUUCUAGGUGUAGACUAUAAUAUUGAGAAACUAUCUUGGGAAAAUUUACUAUUCCUAUUCGAAUCAUCUAUUUUGACUGAAAUAAUUUCUUAUGGUGUGACGAACGAUGAUAAAAGGAUAAAAGAAAUGUCGGAAGAUAUGCUAGUUUAUAUAUUAAAAGGAAGAGUUCCAAUGGGAGAGAGCGGUUGGUUGACAUCAUUAGAAGCAAUUGUACCAGUCUUGCCUCUUUUGCAAUGCCAUUGUCAUUCUUCCACAGAUUUAGGCCAGUGUGUGACAAAAAUCUUUGAUCCUGAUAUUUCUUCCAACAUACAGUUACCAUAUAUCGAGGUAUUGAAAGGGAAUUUAAGAUAUCUAUUCUCGCCGGAUAUCAAUGUCAGAGAAGAAGCUGUUUGUCGAUUGAUCUGGCUUCUUGGAAAAGAAAAGGAUUCGGUUCAAAAAUUGCCACGUUUAUCGUCUCUGCAUGGUUUACCUCUGAGCUCACUUUGUAUACUCGAAUAUCAAACGUCUACGAAAAAAUCAGAAAGCAAUUAUCAGAGGAGUAAUUUAUUAUCUGUACUGGAGAUGCUGCGCGAGCCCAAUAUUGAUCCAAAGAUACGGAAAUCUGCAUUAGUUCAAAUUAGCGUUAUGAUGUCAGAUAGCUCUCUACAUAAAUUAUUUAUUAACGAGAAUGGAUUGCCUCUAAUUUUGAAGAUAUUUAACAGUGCUUUGUUGGAAAAAGAUUAUAUCAAUUAUCCAGAUUCUGUGAUUCCAAUAAUCGCUAUAUUAAACUUAUUAGCAUCUACUGAAAGCUCUAUACGCCAUGAUCUAUCCACUCGUAUAAACGUUCUUUCAAAUAUAAUAAGAAGUCUUUUUUUAUUUCCAAACAACGAAUGUAUUAGGACCGAUGGCUCGCAACUUUUAUGUUUGCUGCUUUAUAACGAGUACAUUAUGAGACAGAGUGAAAAAUAUACAGAGAAUUAUAAUCAGUUGAAUAUCUCGUUACCUUAUAUUAUUUUAUCCAAAAUGAGAUUACCGUUCUCCUGUAAAUCUCAUUGGAAAAUAAGUACACACAGACGAUCAGAUAUAUCUGUUCUUCAUAGUACCAAUCCAUUGGCGUUAACGUUCAUCAAACAGUAUUGGAUAUGGGAAUGGAACGAUGGUUUAAAUGUACUUUGGAAAAGUUGGAACGAUCUCCAUGACUGUGACAUAUCAGAAAAGUUGAAAAUUCAAGAGAACGAAUUUUGGUCUCUACGUUUCAGCUUCCCUCACUAUUAUUGCCAACAACAAUUGUACAACGUGCAAAAUUCAAUCACACACGACUCUGUUUCAUGUGCACUUGAUUAUCUCACGAUGUACCUAAAAUUUUACAAAAUGCAACAAUACGAAGAAAUAAAGGACAUAAAUUUGCUACCAUGGGAACGAACGUUCGAACGAUUCUUGCUCUCCCAUCCUGCAAACAAAGAAGACCGUGAUCUGUUUGUUGAAGUUCUAAACUUUCUACAGAUUUAUGUUAACAUUACUAAAAAUGGGAAAGGUACAUGGACCAGCAAGAUAAUGAAGAAUAUAACGAAAUCAUUAGCAGAAUUGUUUAAAACUUCCGAGCUGGAUAAUCAAGAUGUGCAUCAGUCUAUAUUGAAAUUAGCGCGGACAUGUUCAGCUGUAGAGAAAACUAAAAAGUCUUCCGACGAAGACCAAGAAAUUUGGCUCCACUUUAUCGAACUCGUUGUUUCUACUUUAUGCUUCGGAGACCAACAGCAUUUUUAUAAUUUAGCAUAUCUUGACUGGCUGCUGACAUGCCUGACGUAUUUAAUCGAGAAAUGUCAUUGGGCAAAUCAUAAAAAUUUAUUAAUAUCGUUGGGGAACACGUUAAUCGAAUUAAUCAUAUCAUUCCACGGAGCUGGAACUGUUAGUUUCAUGGGUCUAUCCAUAACAAGAAACUCCAUAAUAUGCCUCAAUCACUUGUUAUACCAGAUGCAAAUAAAUGUUAAUAGAAAUGCUUUUGCAGCAUUUUGGUACGAGGAAGGUCGCACAUUGAACUGGUUGCCCAUGCUAUGGCAAAAUCGGGAUCCUUUGGUUCGAGCAUCGGCUUUGCAAUUGUUAGCAGGGUUGAUAAAUAAUUUGCACACGGCCUCUCAACUUUUAAAUACCAUAGUAUUAGCACCUAGUGAACUUUGUCAGACUUUGCUUCAAUGUAUUUCUAGCAGAGAAGAGUCAUGUAUAGUCAGGGAACAGGCAUGCAUUGCGUUCAGCAAUUUGGUGAAAAAUUGCAAUUCCAUGACUUUUCAGUAUGUGGACUCUUUGAGAGCAAAUGCUAUUUUAAUUUAUGUGGAGCAGAACAACACUUACUACGAAAUUAGUAUUUUAUGUUCCAAUAUUUAUAUGUAUACUACCCUGGAUUGCGAUCAAAUGGAUAGUCGAGAACAGGAAAACGAAAAUGCACCGUCCGUUCAUAGUAUGCAGUCAGGUUGUACGUCAUUAGUACCACGGACUAUUUCAUAUUUGUAUAAUUGUCAGGAUGAAUUACAACCUAUUUCAGUUAGAGGAUCAGGGACCACGGAUAUGGAUAAUUAUUUGCAGUUGGUCGUAACACCGCCUCUGAUAACAGCUGUUUGCAGAUUGCUAAAUAAUUUGAUAUUCAUAGGCAAACAGGAAAUUGUUCAUCAAAUUUAUGAACACUCUAUAGAUAAAUAUUUGAUUGGAUGUAUCAACGAGGUUCCCAAAGAUACCAAAGACAGCAAAAAGGAUUUUACACAUUAUUGCGAUGUAUUGGAAAUGUACAUCAGCAUUUGUACAGUUUUAACGAAUUGUGUCAUGUACGGUAACGAAUAUACUUCCGCUAUUAAUUUUUCAUCGGACUCGCUUUAUGGUCUGCUCUACUUCCUGAACAGUGACCUAUAUCGUACUGACACAGCAGAAUUUGUGUCUUUGAGGAACAGACUCUGGACAGAGAGCUUCAACUUCAUAGCUGUUCUCUCGUUAACCGACAAUCAACAUUUCGAAUCGGUACAAACGGCUCUGGAAUCAUGUGGCCCAGAAGCAAUACUUUCGUCCAUUUGUAUUGCAAUGAGAGACUCAAACGUGGAGCUUCGUAUGAGCGCUAUAGGCUGUCUGGCAUUUUUCCUUUCGCUGGAAAUCCAGAAAGAUUCUUUGGGAAAGAGUAACAUCUCGCUGCAGACAGUAAUGGACAACACGUUGAUACGAACGUCGAGCGACAACAGAAAUAACUUGAGGGAAGUUAUAUCGAACAUUAAUAAGCUCUCGCUGCGAAGCGCGAGUGCGCAUUCGAGGAAAUCGAACGAAAACGAGGACGUUGUUAUAAUUUACGACAAUGCACUGGAUCUUGAAGUCGAGAAAGAAGUCGCGAUCGGCGAAGAACUAUGCAGCGUUCUGUUGUAUCUAUUUAUCGCCCACAAUUACAACAGAUCAAAAAAGAACCGUAAAUUAACCGAGGACAAGGACUUGAUCACAAGUGCGCUUACUAAUUUGCUGUGCGUGUCCAGUGCAGCUAAGAAAUUCGCGCUCGAGGAACAUUUACCGGAAACAACGUUAAUGAUACUAAAAGAAUUAUACGUUAGAUUAAAUUUACAACCAUUCGAGCUGUUCAAGAAUCAAAUAGAUCGCGAAAGAAAGAUCCCCCCAUUACUGCACGACGUAAAUGGGAUUUUUAUAUUAUUGAUGAAUUUCAUGUAUGGGAGUACACAAGUGAAAGAGAUAUUAACGAAAUACGGAUUAGCAGAUGUAUUGCACAAAUUGUGGGUCUGGAUUGCAUUAAAUAAUAUUGUUGCGACGACUACCUUGAAAUUACUUGCAACCUAUACUACCAAAUGUUCUGCAGCGGCGCAAUCGUUGACAUUGACUACUAUCUUGCCAGGCACGGGGCUUAGAAAGACUCCUAAUACUCUGGCUCUGAUCCACGUUAUCAUACAAUUAGUUUGCAAGGAAAUAGACAAGGCUGGACAACUCUUUGAUAAUCACAAGUUACAUUUCGCGUUUCAUGUUCUGCGAAAUGCAGUACACGUGCACGAAUGUAGGGUGUCGAUUUCCAAGAGUAAUCUCCUACAGUUUUUUACAAAAAUACAUCCUAUUACCACAAAAAGGAUAAAGCCCUGGCCACUAGUCGAAUUGUACUGUUUGGAAUUCUUAAUUGACUUCACUUAUUACGAGGAGGGUCAAUUAUGUGUACCAAAGGCUGUCGACGGUCUGGACGUUCUAUUGCAAUUAUCGAAAUGUUCUUCGUCGUCUAGCAGAAUUCUUGCAAUUUCUAUAUUGCGCAAUCUGUCGUUCAAUAUGACGAAUAGACCGAGAUUGCUUAGCUCAGUGGACUUCAUUAAUUUGCUGCACGAUAUAUUUAAAAAUGGUUCUAUCUGCGAAAUUAAAAUAGCUGGUUCUAUGUUAUGGUCUUUGGUUGUCAACAAUCAGAAAGGAAAACUAAUUGCACGGAGCGCCGGUUUUUCACAAAGCAUUCAAGAAGCAUUAGGCAGACUUACGUUAUUAUCUAUGGAUGACAGAAAACAAGAACAGGAGUCUGUGAAAAUGUUACAAUAUGUAUUGAGAAUUUUUAGCCCAAUAGAGACUAUAACGAUCGAAUAA